CUUCACAUCCCAAAUAGCAUGACCAAAUUGUUGUACACCACUAAUUGGAGGUGAUAAUUUUGUAUAAAUCCACCAAAACAAUCCAAUCCAUCCACUAAAAUGUAUAUUUAAUCCAAUCCACUGGGAUUGGUUGAUUCAUGGAUAUUUGAUAAAUUAUAGUUUCGUACCUAUAUUUUUAUAUUUUACAUUUUGAUAACUAAAAUCUAAUUUAAUGUAAAAUGUCAUUGAAAAUUAGGUUUUGGUACCUUGAUUCUUUAUUAUAAUGUUUUAGUUCCUUAAAAUUUUAAAGCUUACAUAUUAAUCCAAUGUUUGAAUACCACUUGGAUCCCCAAUGCAGUCCAUCAAUUCAUUUGAUCUAACCCAUCAAUUCGCUAACUCAUUUGAUCAAUGGAAACACCAAUCUAUAAUCCAAUCCAUUUAUCCAUCUCCAUAAAUAACUACACCAAUCCAUAAAUUCAACUCUCAAACUACAUGAAAACUAACCUGCAAAAGGAUGGAAAAGAAAGCUCCGAGCGAUAAAAACACGUUGAGAAAUCCGGUGGAUACAUUUAUGUGCCAAAGCUUUGACUUUGAUGCGCUACGUUAUGCCCUGUUAUUAGCCAGCCAGCACAGUUGGUUUGGUCCUUUGUAUCUAUCAUCGUAAACGAAUCAAACAGCGGCCCUGUUUUUCUUCUUUCUUUUGUGGGGCGACAGAUUCGUGGGCGUGGCAGCACUCUGUCCAUGAGAGCUUCGAUCCAUCCAUAGAAAAUCCAACGUACGACACUUGCCGGGGUUCUCAACACUGUUGCGUCGAAGGCUGAGAGUUAACAAUUGGGUGAAGAAGAAGCUGUUUUGGUAAGUUUUAACCUUGGGUCAUUCCAGAGAAGAAAUACAGUAGUGUUAAGAAAUUGAUGUGCAAUGCAUCCAAUGUCAAACAUCCAUCGGCCGGGUCCCGUUCACACACAAACAUGGGAGAGAAACCAAUAUUGGAAUCCAAUGUUUGGUAGAACAAUCCAUGUCAAAAGAUAAACCCAAAAAGCGAGCGAGAGAGACUCUUUGAUCGAACCCAACAGAAAGAAACUGUUACAGGAAGAAAAAAACAAAGUGUAAUCAGAACGCUCUCGGCUUCCAUAACCAUCGGCACCACACAAGCAAGGCUUCAGCUCGCUCGUAAAACAUACAAUACCAUUGAGCUUAUAACGCCAUAACCUACCACAUGGGGAUCGUUCGGAGACGACCCAUCACACCGAAUUACAGGACAAGCGAUUACUCGGUGGUGGACAGAGCUGAAAUCGGGAUGCUCGCGGAGCUGAACAAGCGCGAGGAAGUUGGAGACAGGUUGGAUUUGGCACAUGGAGAGCCAAGGAAAAUCCAUUCAUUGUCUCCAAAGAACCACGAAACAGCCGACUACGUACGAGAGUCGACAACGACAUCGAUACCCACCACAACAGUCGAUCGAAAAGAAGGAAGAUGUGCACACCAACAGUGAGCAUGAGCAUUAAGGGAAAAUACUGAUCGAGUCAUCGACAUAGAUUAACUUCAUUGUGUAUACUACGAGUAGCAAGAACCAUAUCAACAAUGUAAUAAGAAGUUAUCGUUACACAUUAGAACACAGUUGUUACUGCUAGAUACUUUGACUUCACAAAAUGAUGGGAAACCAACCAUAUGUUACACUUUAUGCAAUUGCCUUUGACCUCUAGUGAACUAGUGGUCACUUAAUCUCUCUUUUUACUCCAAGUUGAUUAAUAAAGAGAUCAAUAAUGGCAACAACUUACCUCUGGACCAACAUGCACAAUGGGGGACCCGACCCGACCCUAUACCCACUCUCCCAAAGUCGAACCCUAGAAGAAGAAGAAGAAGAAGAAGAAGAAGAGUUGUAAGUAGGCAUUAGGUGGAGACCGGUGGCCAAUGAAGUUGCAUUUAGUUC